AUGAGCACGAGUCCCCAAGAAGACUGGAGGACAUACUUAGAGUCUGCGAGGCGUUCUGUCUCGCUAAGCUCCUCACCUUCGUACCAUGAUUCCUUCGGACUACAUCAAGGCAACGAGUCCGAUCAUUCCCGCCAUUCCUACUUACCAUUGCAGUGGUCGGGUUCACAUCGCGCCUUUGAAGACCCGACCCCGUACUUCCAGAGCCAGUUCAACCUGGCAAACCAGGUGCAAGGACCAGUGGAUUUAAACCCAUUGGGACCAGAAGAUCACUACUCUGGUGACCAAGCUAUGGAUAUGGAUGAUGACCCCGAUCCGGAGAUGCCACCGAGUGGGAUGCCGACGCAUCCCAUUGAGAUUUCGGACGUUUCACGGUUCGUCGUACCGAGGUCCAGACAGCUACGAAGCAAGGCGGUUACUCCACCGCCGCCGCCAGAGCAGCAACCGCCUCCGGAGCCACCAAGGCGGAGAAGAUCAGACGCACGGAUGUCCGUGCGAGGGGGAUUCCACUUCAGCACCCCUCAACACUCCAGUGGCAGCCACUACCCGCCACUAUAUGAAGACCCGCAGAUGGGUGGGCCUUCGAACCCAGUUUCCGAGGUGGAAUCUGCGCAAGUCGCACCACCACCAUCACACAUGGGUUAUGAUUACCCGAUUCCUUCAAACGCCGGUGCAGCGGCGUAUAACCCUUUUGAGCAGCCAGUCCAUAUUGGCUACAACUACUACAAUGCCCCCGAUGUUGACCCAUACCUUGUAGCGGCAAACUACAAUGCUCUUCAUCCCGAGGGACCUUACAGAGCCCCCUAUCAGACUGGGUACCCGGCCUAUGGGUACCAAUACCCGCCACCUCCUCAACAUCCGUAA